CAGUCCGUCCUUGGUGGCUUCCCGGUACUGACUACUGACAGCCCUCUCAUGAUCUCAGGAUGUAUGAAAAAAUAGUAAUUAUAUUACUACUAAUCUCGGGUUGUAUUUCUAAUGACGAGCAAGAGAAGCUUGUGACUCAGGAAGUACAAAAAACGGUACAGACAGAAACAGAUUUGACUCCUUCAGUGAAGCCAUCAUCUAGCACUCCUAGUAUAAGACAAGCCUCUUCAGAUUUUACACACCAACAACCCCCAGACAGGAGACAAAGAGCAAAGGAACAAAUGGCCCACCCUUUCUCUGAACCAGUGAUAAUAGGGAUUAUUUAUGCAGUGAUGUUUGGUAUCAUUACAGUUAUCCUCGCAAUUGCCUUCUGUAUUGGCCAACUGACAAAGAAGCGUUCAUUUCCUGUCCAACAUUCGUCCCCAGAAAAUGCAGACUUUGAAGUUCUAUAGAAACAAGAAUCUAGAAAAGUAAUUCAUGAGAAUCUGAUCCCUAAGCCAAAUUUUGGAAGAAGUCAAAGACACAGGACUUCAGUCAAAUGAAAAACGAACGUGUGAAUUACAUACUCCAAUAUAUUAUAUACCUUCCUACGCAGUACAACUUCAAGAUGAAAAUUUCAUCAUAAGGAGUCCAGGGACUCAAUGAUGGAAAAUGUCUCUACUCAUUAACAUUACAAAAUGAAGAGCAAUUAUUUCCUUUUAUGCGUGCUUUUGUGUGUUAGCGUUAUUUUUAUAAUUAAUUGAUUUAGAAUUCUGAUCCCCAAACUCCAGUUGACUUUGUAGUUCUUUAUGCCUUACUCUAUUUUAUUACAGUUCAGUGAUUGUGCUGUCAAAUGAAAGGCUUGUAACGUCCAGAUGAUAUCUAAGUUCUCAUCCCAGAAUUCUGAGACUUGUCAUUGUUUUAAAUAUAUUAAGGGAACCUGAAAUCCUAAUAUUUCUUUCCACUGCAAGAUAGGGUAUUACACUGAUGAUAAUGAUAUUUUAGUUACACUGAUAAGGCUUGUGUUUGGAGAUCCCUUACGUACACACAUGCGUAAACACAUAUAUUACAGAUAACAUAGAUAUAGAUGUAUAAAAUGACAUUCACGUUCAUCCUCUAAUGCAUAAAUCGACAUAAAAAUGUUUUCCUGCUUUAAAAGGUGAGAUGUUACACGUGUGUGAAUGACCUAUUUCAAGGAAUUUGUCUGACUGUCGAGUGUGAACCCUUUUUUUGUUCCACUGGCAGAGUUAUUUAUAUAAGAGGUCAUGGUGUCCUGACAAAGAAAAGAAUUAAUGACAUUUCCUUGCAAACUUAAUAACUCUCUAAAUGCAGUAUAAUGAAACUGAGUAUCUCUAUAAAUGCAAUAAGAAGGGCAAACUUGACAAGCAGGUGAAUAUGUUAAUAAGUUGUCCUGUAUUCUCAAUUGAAUUCUUUAAUCCAUCCAGUCCUAUUUUCUCUUUAGGAUAGUUUCGAAAAUUAGCCUAAAUAAUCCAAAAGAAAUUUCUAGACAUUAGACGAUUGCUUUGUAACCAUAGAGCUAUCACUCAUUCAUAACAAAACUUAAAAAGCAAUAUAAAAACAGAGAGGUACCCUCCUGUGAUCGUCUACUUCCAAAUGACUAAAAAUCCAUGUGGCUUUUUAUUGUGUGAUAAUUAAGUAAACAAUAUUAUGUACAUAUUUGGGCUCAGCAAGUUCAAUUUUUUUAAAUAAAUUAAAAAGUCUAAAUCUUAACCUACUUGUUUGUUCUGAGAGGGUUCUUGUGUUAAAUUAAAAAUAAGGGUGGAUUUCUGUUGUUACAUAUUUUUAAAAGUAGUUUUACAGUACUAUUGGGUUAAUUUAAUCUACUGAAUUACUCAAGCACCAAGGCAAUUUUAAAUGUA